GUAAUUUUGCUUCCUAAAAACUUGUUAUGAAUAUGAUGACACAGUGAAAAAUAAAAAAACGAAAGGAGUUGGUGGUAGGCGAAGAAGAAGAAGAAGCAGAAGAAGGAGAAUGGGAAAUGAUUAAAAAGAAGGAAAGAGAGGAUUGUAGGGGCUGGUAGGCCAUUCUCUCACUGAAAACCAGGGAACAAAGUUCGUAGCUUUUCUUCUAUUCCGUUAGAAAGCACACUUUUCCUCUCUUGAACAUGCACUCUCGCACGUGGAAUACCCCAAUCUUUUCGCGCUUCUAUAAACCCUGACUUUCACAUCACACACAUGGAUUCUGCUGUUUGGUGUGACUGGUGGUGUCAAAACCUCCAUUGAAAUGUUCUCUGGAUGUGAGAUGCCCAAGAGUUACUAGGCGAAGAAACAAAUCUCUAGAAAUGGGUGAGAGGGAACUUGCGGGUCUUGAUAUGUCUGGAUCUGAGACGAAGGCUGAUUCUGAUAACAUGUACCCGAUGUAUUUUGGAGUAUCUUGUGCAUUUCUGGCCCUCCAAGCCCUCUCAAAUCCGAGCGUUGAAAUUGAAAGAUGGUCUGAAAUUCGUGAUAACAUGCUUCGAGGAAGUGCCAAACUCUUGGGAUUGCUGGUGUGGAAAGCUCAGAAGGAAGGUUCAAAUGGUGGAGAGUGCGAUAUAUACGACAAACUCAGGGUUGCUGAGAGAGAACUUGAACAUUUGAAGAGGAUGAGACACGAAGAUGCCAAAGCGAACGAGAAAGUUGUGGGAAUCUUCGCUGCACAGGAGCAAUGUUGGCUCAAUGAAAGGAAGAAGCUAAGGCAGCAAAUUGGGGCUCUCAUGAAUGAACUGAGGGUGUUUGAGAAAAAGAAAGGGGAAGUUAUUUCUGGACUGAAUCUCAAAUUGAAGGAAAUGGAGGGUUUGCUCGACUCUAAGGAUAAGGCUUUGAAAGAAGAGGAGCAGAAGAGGAAAGAGAUAGAAGAGAAGCUGACAAAAGCAGAAAGGGAUAAGGAAGAAUUGAGAGAAUUAGCCAACCGUGAUGCUCAAGAACAUUCUUCUGAGCUCAGGAAGCACAAAACUGCUUUCAUUGAGCUUGUAUCAAACCAGAGGCAGCUCGAGGCUGAACUGGGCAGAGCGGCUAAGCAAGUGGAAGCGACAAAACAAGAGCUUGGUUCAGUGAUAGAGCAGAAAGAGGAAUCAGAGUUGCUGGCUCAGAAAUUGUCUAUGGAGACUGCGAAGUUACGUAAGGAUUUUGAACAGAAAGAUAAGAUUUUGUCUGCUAUGUUGAGGAAAUCUAAGCUGGAUACUGCAGAAAAGCAGAUGCUUCUGAAGGAGGUUAAGUUAUCCAAGGCAAGGAGGAAGCAAGCUGAACAAGAGACAGAACAAUGGAGGGCAGUAUCAGAGGGAAAACGCGACAGACAUUCUCUAAAAAGCAUGUUGGGUAAGAUUGGCUCGAGAGUUGAUGUCUUCCCAGGUUCUACAGGGUCUUCACAUGUUGCUAGGGACACACACAAAUUUUCUCCCCUUUCUGAUCAAUACCGACCAGAAAGAAAUGAAGAGUUGGCCAUUGGUGGUAAUGGUAAGCGUUUGGAAGAGUGGGUACGAGCUGAGGCAGAAAAAUACGCUAGUAUGAUUGAGCAAAGGCAUCACAUAGAGCUUGAUGCUUUUGCAGAACAAAUGAGACUCAAAGAUGAGAAGCUUGAAGCAUUUCGAUGGCAGUUGCUGAGAAUGGAAUUGGAAUCAAAGCAGCUUCAGUCACAUAUGGAGGGACUGAUCAAAGAUGUCACACAACUCAGGCAUGACAAAAUGAAACUGGAGAGCUUCCUAUUAGAGAGAGAAGAAGAGCUUACAUCCCUGAAAGAGCAAUUCUCAUCACAAUUGAAGUCAUUAAACUGCCAUAGAAACAGCUUGCAUUUACCUUCACAAUCUCCAGAGCUAACCCAGGAUCAUCAUCCCAUUUGGUCCAAAGUCAAGGUGGUCAAGAGAAAACCAGGUGAAAAGGAGCAAGAAAUAAAGGAAAUUGUGAUAGAGGAAGAUUGUGCAAAAGAUAAACAAGCCUUGCCAUUAGUAGUUCAACCCCCAGAAGGUAAUUUUGAAGAAGAAAGCGAUGUUGUUCCUAAAGAGGAUAGUCCUCUAAGUAAUCAUAGCCAACAAGCCGAUGUUGUUGAUACUGCUGCAAAUGUAGCAUCAGGCAGUAACACGAAGAAUUCUUCUCCCUGGAAGAUGGAUCUCCAUGCUCUUGGAGUUUCAUACAAAAUCAAGAGGCUGAAACAGCAACUUGUUCUUGUUGAAAGGUUGACAGGAAAGCAAGCCAAUGAUGAAGAUGCAGAAGCUAGUGGUGGCAAAGCUGGUAUGAAGGCUUAUUAUUCUUUGACAUCUCUGCUCAUUAAACAAGCUGGAAGGUACCAAUCACUUCAAGAGAAGACCGAUGAUCUCUGUAAACGCAUGCAUGAGAAUGAGCUCUAUGCAAACAACGGGGGUUUAAAAACUGCAAGAACAAAGGAGGAAACAGAUAAACUGGGACACUUUCUAGAAGAAACAUUCCAACUACAGAGGUAUAUAGUUGCAACAGGACAGAAACUGAUGGAAAUUCAGUCCAAGAUUGUGUCAGGAUUUGUUGGGGUGGCUGAAGAGAUGGAGAAAAGUGCAGGUAUUGACAUGAAGCGCUUUGCUGAUAGUAUAAGAAAUAUGUUUCUGGAAGUUCAGAGAGGUCUAGAAGUUCGGACAGCCAGAAUUAUUGGAGACCUCGAAGGAACACUAGCUUGUGAAGGGAUGAUCCAUUGGAGGAGGUAGUAGUAAUAAUGAAUUUCCAUGUAUUUACUGAUUUCUGUAGUUACAUUAACAUCAAUCUGUAUAUGGAAGUCACAGAAAAGAUUCUGAGAGCAUUGAAAUUCAUGAAUAGGAUUUUACUUCUGUUCUUGA